GUCAUUGUUUCACCACCCAAUUCCGCGGUAGGGUUUGGAGCUUUCGAUCCUCUCUUGCUUCGCCGUUCGUCAGGGAUUCUCCGAACUCUCGGUGAGUUUCCGAUCGUGUUUUGUUUCACCUGCGAUCGGAUCCCACGCCACCAUGCCGCCGACCGAAUCUCCUGGCGACGAUAUGGUGGUCCUUGGGUCGCCAGCUGAUGGCGGCGUCAAUCGGGUAUGUUCCUUAGUGGCCCCCGAGGGAGACGAAGCGCAGAAGGGGCGCCGCGUUCUCGAAUGUCGCAACUUUUGGAGAGCAGGGGCGUAUGAAGUACGCUCAGGAGUCUCGCCUUCUGCUCGGCAUGCCGCGCAGGAGUCAUCUGAUUUUGAUCGAGCGCGCGUGCAUCCAAAAUUUUUGCACACCAACGCUACUUCGCACAAGUGGGCUUUUGGUGCUAUAGCUGAACUCCUCGAUAAUUCGGUUGAUGAGAUUCAAAAUGGUGCAACCUUUGUGAAGGUUGAUAAGGUCAGCAACUCAAAAGAUAACAGUCCUAUGUUACUUUUUCAAGAUGAUGGAGGGGGUAUGGACCCUGAAGGUAUACGACGAUGCAUGAGCCUUGGUUUUUCAACAAAGAGGUCAAAGACGACCAUUGGCCAAUAUGGAAAUGGCUUCAAAACGAGUACCAUGAGAUUAGGUGCUGAUGCAAUUGUAUUUAGUCGUGCUAACCGCGGAGGCAAUGUAACAUUGUGCAUUGGCCUGCUGUCGUAUACAUUCUUGAGAAGAACAAUGAAAGAUGACAUUAUUGUUCCUAUGCUUGAUUUCCACAUAGUGAAUGGUCAGAAAACACCAAUAAUCUUGAGUUCACAAGAUGAAUGGGAUAGUAGCUUGAAAGCCAUCCUUGAUUGGUCCCCCUUUUCUUCAAUGGAGGAACUUUUGCUACAGUUUGAAGAUAUGGGGCUGCAUGGAACCAAAGUAGUGGUUUAUAACUUGUGGAUGAAUGAUGAUGGACUCCUGGAAUUGGACUUUGAUGAUGAUGAUCAGGAUAUAUUACUGAGAGAUCAAGCUUACAGUGGAGGCUUUACAAGAGCUAACAAAGAGGUUGUCCAUUGCCAUGUCUCUUCUAGGCUUAAAUAUUCUCUGCGGGCUUAUGCUUCCAUUCUCUAUAUGCGGAAAUUCUCAAAUUUUCAUAUUAUCCUAAGAGGCAAACCCGUUGAGCAAGUUAGUAUUGCAGAUGAGUUGAAAUUUAUAAAAACAAUUACAUAUAAACCCCAAGUGGGUAUGGAUGGAGAAAGUGUGUCUGUGAGGAUUACAAUUGGCUUUGCAAAGGAGGCUCCUGUUUUAGGAAUUUUUGGUGUUAAUGUGUACCAUAAGAACCGUCUUAUUAUGCCAUACUGGAAAGUUGUUCAGGAAGGUUCAAGCCGUGGGAGGUGUGUUGUUGGAAUUUUUGAGGCCAACUUCAUCGAACCUGCCCAUGAUAAGCAGGAUUUUGAAAGGACACCCUUGUUCAUUCGCCUAGAGUCAAAGCUUAGACAAAUAAUUCUUGAAUAUUGGAAAUAUAAUUGUCAUAUGAUUGGUUAUCAAUCGAUUGAUAUAACUACAGAGAAACGAAAACUGAAGGAAUCUGAGAAGCACUCUGACAGGCAUGCAUCAAAAGUACAACUCAAAGUGCCUACACCAAUUGGAGUUGCAUGUGCUGACGGUUCACAUUUACAACCCACUGGUCAGACACAUGCUCAAUCUCAUGACACCAUGCCCAUAUCAGGAGAGGAUGAUGACGAUAUCGAAAUUAUUGAUGUCCAGGAUCCAAGUUUGAUAAAAAAAAUCACUGAAGAGAAUAUACAGCUUUUCAUGAGGCGCGAAGAACUCCAGCAAACAACCAAUCAGUUGAGGAGAACUGUCGAGGAAUUGGAACAUGAACUAGCGGAAGUGAAAAAGAAGUGUUCUCAGCUUGCUGCUGAUUUGCAGAUCAGAGGGGGGAAGCAGCAUAUCCUAGGAACGAACCAAUCUUAAACUCAACCCUGAAUGAGAUCUGAUGUGCUUAUUUUUGUCCGAGAGCUGAACAAUGCGGUAAUGGUAGUCUAGAGAUGGUGGUUGUAUAGUUUGUCGUGUAAUGAUAGAUUAUUUACGCCCUCAAGUUGUCAAUCUGUAUUUUACUUUAUUUAUUCGAGUGGAAAAUGACAAAUUUGAAAAGUAGGGAAAAAAUAAAUAUAAUCGUAGGCGGACGAUCUGAUUCAACAGUUGAAGAAGAUUGAUCUAAGUUUUGAAUUGUUUAAAUUAUAUAAUAUUUAGAUUAA